AUGCGUGGUAAGGGUUUUAUAGUGAAUGUAUUAGUUGAUGUUAAGGAAUCACCCUCUUCCUCCUCCUCGCCCUGGCCGCCCUCACGCACGCAGCCGACGCCGCCCACAAAAACGACGCACGACUUCUCUUCGAAAACGCCGACAAAUCCGUCACCAUCGGCGUCGACUCCCUCGUGUACAUCGGCGUCAUCUUCGUCGGAUUGCUCUUGCUCAUAUCUCUCCUGGGGCUCUCCGGGACGUCGGCCGAGGUCGCUCAGCCCUACGAAUACGUCUCCGCCACUGAUUAUGGUGCCGCCCCAGCCUACGAUGAGAAGAGCACCUUCAAAGUGCACCAAGUUAUUGAGGAUGCCAUCAACAAGUUCCAGUAGAGACCGCGAGGCUAAAAUCUCUUGCUGAAAAUGGCGAAAAAUAAAGACCUUUCCUCUAAGUUCCAAUAGAGACCGCGAGUUUAAAAUGUCUCGCUGAAAAUGCGAAAAAAUAAAGACUUUUUGUUUAAGUUCCAGUAGAGACCGAGGCUAAAAUCUCUUGCUGAAAAUGGCGAAAAAUAAAGACCUUUCCUCUAAGUUCCAAUAGAGACCGCGAGUUCAAAACGUCUCGUUAAAAAUGGCGAAAAAUAAAACCUUUCGUCUAAGUUCCAGUAGAGACCGCGAGGCUAAAAUCUCUCGCUGAAAAAUGGAGGGAAAAAUCA